AGUUCUUCUUCCCUCUCUCUCUCUUUCACCAUAACAAAAAAACUGAUUUGUUUACUCUGUUAAUCAGAGAACUUUCUCUGAGAAAAUAACAGGAAUUCAGUUAGUUCUUAGUUCCUAUCAAUCACCAGCUGAAUAAAUUCGUUUUUAAAAGAGAACGAAGAAAUUCAAAAAACCCAAUUCUGCUUUUUCCCGAUAACUUCGAUCGUCUUCGCUUGGGUUUUGUGUAAUUUGAGUCUGUGAAUUGAACCGAGCCCCACCAAAGUAAAUGCUCCAUAACGUUGAAAACAUUUUCUUCUUUAUACAAGAAUUUCAAAUUGUUUCACUUUCUCCAUAGGGGUUUUUGGGGUUCUCUGUUUUUCUUUGACGAAUUUUGAUUUUGCAAAUUCAGGAAAAAAGUUUAAACCUUUAAUCGUUUGUUUAAAGGAUCGAUUUUUUAAUUUCUUACUCAAAUUGGGAUGCAGUACAUAAGUAGAUGUUUGCCUUUUUGUGUAAACUUUGUGAAUUUUCAAUGUUUAUUUCUCCUUUAGGGAUUUGUAGGUUCUCUGUUAAUUGAGAAUUUCGAAUCCACCAAAUUGGAAUUGAAACGUGGUGAUUCCAAAUUCGAGGUUAUAUUCAGGUUUUGGGUUAGGUGAAGAUCUGGGUUUGAAGUUAUAGAGGGGAUUUAGGGUUCUGGGUUUAUAGCAACAAAAGGGUUUUGUGUUUUAGAAUCAAAGAUAAGAUUGAGAAAGUAAGAAAUGGCGGGGAGAGUAGAAUCAUCCAUUGGUGGUGGUGAGAUUGAUGAAGAAGGUGAUGAGAGAGGUAGUAUGUGGGAUUUGGAUCAGUCACUUGAUCAACCUAUGGAUGAAGAAGCUGGUCGCCUCAGGAACAUGUAUAGAGAAAAGAAAUUCUCGGCGUUUUUGCUUCUGCAGCUUUCAUUUCAGAGUCUUGGUGUUGUUUAUGGAGAUUUGGGAACUUCUCCUCUAUAUGUUUUCUAUAAUACAUUUCCUCGAGGGAUCAAAGACCCUGAAGAUAUCAUUGGAGCUUUAUCGCUAAUCAUAUAUUCCCUCACACUCAUCCCUCUCCUCAAAUAUGUGUUCGUUGUAUGCAAAGCAAACGAUAAUGGGCAAGGUGGUACAUUUGCUCUCUAUUCUUUGCUCUGUAGACAUGCAAAAGUUAGCACAAUUCCGAACCAACACCGUACUGAUGAAGAGCUUACUACUUAUAGUCGUACUACAUUUCAUGAGCGUUCUUUUGCUGCAAAAACCAAGAGAUGGUUAGAGAACGGUACCUCUAGGAAAAAUGCGCUACUUAUUCUCGUUCUUGUUGGUACGUGCAUGGUGAUAGGCGAUGGAAUCCUUACUCCCGCCAUUUCGGUUCUAUCUGCUGCGGGUGGGCUCAGGGUAAACCUACCUCAUAUAAACAACGGUAUUGUUGUUGUUGUGGCUGUUGUGAUAUUAGUGAGCUUGUUUAGUGUACAACAUUAUGGAACAGACAGAGUCGGGUGGCUUUUCGCGCCCAUUGUAUUUCUCUGGUUUCUCUUUAUUGCAAGUAUCGGUAUGUUCAAUAUAUGGAAACAUGACCCAAGCGUUUUGAAAGCGUUUUCCCCGGUUUAUAUAUUUCGAUAUUUUAAAAGAGGAGGCCAAGAUCGUUGGACCUCGCUUGGAGGCAUUAUGCUUAGUAUCACAGGGAUUGAAGCUCUCUUUGCGGAUCUCUCUCAUUUUCCAGUCUCAGCUGUGCAAUUCGCUUUUACUGUAAUUGUGUUUCCUUGCCUCCUUUUGGCUUAUAGUGGACAAGCUGCAUACCUUAGAAAGUACCCGCAUCAUGUCGAAGACGCGUUUUAUCAAUCCAUUCCAAAAAGAGUAUAUUGGCCAAUGUUCAUAAUUGCAACUGCUGCUGCAAUAGUUGCAAGCCAAGCUACAAUAUCCGCAACAUUCUCGUUGAUCAAGCAAGCUCUUGCUCAUGGAUGUUUCCCGAGAGUUAAAGUCGUGCAUACUUCCCGGAAAUUCCUUGGUCAGAUUUACGUUCCAGACAUCAAUUGGAUCCUCAUGAUCCUUUGCAUAGCUGUCACUGCUGGAUUCAAGAACCAGAACCAGAUAGGAAAUGCUUAUGGGACUGCAGUUGUGAUUGUCAUGCUCGUGACAACGCUUCUCAUGAUGCUGAUCAUGAUACUUGUUUGGCGAUGCCAUUGGGUUCUAGUCCUCUUAUUUACUCUUCUAUCCCUUGUUGUGGAAUGCACUUACUUCUCGGCGGUGCUCUUCAAGGUUAACCAAGGUGGAUGGGUUCCGCUGGUCAUUGCGGCUGCGUUUCUUGUCAUCAUGUAUGUUUGGCAUUAUGGAACCCUCAAGAGGUAUGAGUUUGAAAUGCAUAGUAAAGUCUCCAUGGCUUGGAUUCUCGGACUCGGUCCUAGCCUUGGUCUUGUCCGUGUUCCUGGGAUUGGCCUUGUUUACACCGAGCUAGCUAGUGGAGUCCCUCACAUUUUCUCUCAUUUCAUCACAAACCUGCCGGCAACUCACUCUGUCGUGAUCUUUGUCUGCGUCAAGAACCUUCCCGUAUACACCGUUCCCCAGGAAGAACGGUUCCUUGUAAAAAGAAUCGGACCCAAAAACUUUCACAUGUUCCGCUGCGUUGCGAGGUACGGAUACAGAGACUUGCACAAGAAAGAUGACGACUUUGAGAAACGGCUCUUUGAAAGCCUCUUCCUUUUCCUCCGCCUCGAAUCGAUGAUGGAAGGCUGCUCAGAUUCCGAAGAUUACAGCGUCUGCGGAAGCCAACAACGACAGUCCAGAGAUGGGGUCAACGGGAAUGGGAACGAGAUUAGGAACGUGUCGACGUUUGAUACAUUUGAUUCUAUAGAGUCGGUUAUAGCUCCCACUACAACAAAACGGACAAGUCACACAGUGACGGGGUCGAGCCAAAUGAGCGGAGGAGGGGACGAAGUGGAGUUCAUAAACGGGUGCAGAGACGCAGGAGUGGUGCAUAUAAUGGGGAACACAGUGGUUCGAGCCAGGAGAGAGGCAAGGUUCUACAAGAGGAUAGCCAUUGAUUAUGUUUAUGCGUUUCUUAGGAAGAUUUGUAGAGAAAACAGUGCCAUCUUCAAUGUUCCUCAGGAGAGCCUUUUAAAUGUUGGCCAGAUUUUCUAUGUGUAAUAUAUCAUGUAAAAUGUUAGGCAUGAUUCAUUUGAUUAUAUCUUGUUUAAAGAAAAUAAUUGUGGUUAGUGACCAUAUAAUAUAAUCACAAAUCGAGUCAGAUAUUACAGAUAUAAAUCACAUGUUGUAUUAGCCCCA